AGUUUUCUACCUUGGCUUUGUUUUGGUUUCUCCCAGUGACCGGAAUAUUGGUCUGGUUCAAGAGCGAACAACCGUUUUUUUUUGUUUCUCUUAGCGCUGGCUACAUCUUCCGUGUUUUAAUGUGAAGGAGUACCUAGUUGUCGUCGUAUGACCAUCGUAACCUUGCCGUCUGUUUUGACGCUUUUUUGUGCGUGCUUUUAUUAAGUGAUAUUUAUUAAAAAAAAACAAGCAUGAAACGCGGAAGAUUUGCAACAGUGAAAGGUUCAUAUCACCAUGCUUAAUUAUGAGACUGCAACGUUUUAGUGAGCGCCGAUUGUUACACUAGUUCAUAAAAUCAAAACUAUAAUUGGUAAUUUAUAUAUUUUUAACAGUUUAGGCGGUUGAAAAUAGAAAGUAAAACAUUCGUGCCGUUUUAACCAUCAUCGUUUGAGUUGACCUAAAAAUUAUUACCAGCGAAAAUGUUCAUCCGAUGCAGACAUCUGAAGAUUUGGUUUGUGAUAGCGUUUGCACUCAGUUUGCUGAUACUCGGAGUUCUAGUCACAUUUGGAUUUAGUUCACUAGUUAAUUUAGUGAUAAAUCACCAAGUAGCUUUAAGGAAAGAUGGCCAAUCGUUCGGAUGGUGGUCGAAGCCUCCGGUGAAACCUGUCAUAAAAAUUUACGUCUACAAUGUCACUAACGCGGAUGAAUUCCUUAACAAUGGAACCAAACCUAUUUUGGACGAGUUGGGCCCCUAUGUCUAUGUGCAAACAUGGGAAAAAGUAGAUAUAGUGGAAAAUCCAAACGGCACCAUCAGUUUCAACCAGAAACGAGUUUACAUUUUCGAUGAUGAGCAAUCAAAUGGUUCGGAAGACGACGUUGUGAUCGUUCCCAAUAUCCCUAUGCUAAGCGCAACAUCACAAAGUAAACAUGCUGCCAGGUUUCUGCGACUUGCUAUGGCUAGUAUUAUGGAUAUUCUGAAGAUCAAACCAUUUGUUGAAGUAUCGGUUGGUCAAUUGCUGUGGGGAUACGAAGAUCCUCUGUUGAAACUAGCAAAGGAUGUUGUUCCUAAAGAACAAAAACUACCAUACGAGGAAUUUGGCCUUAUGUACGGAAAGAAUAGUACCUCAAAAGAUAGGGUGACUAUUUGGUCUGGAGUAGACGACAUAACGAAGUUCGGAAUCAUUGAUCAAUACAACGGACGAUCUCACCAGUCCCAUUGGCUAACGGAGCAGUGUAAUCGCUUGAACGGAACAGAUGGCUCCAUCUUCCCUCCACAUAUAACGAAAAAUACCACCUUGUUCGUUUAUGAAAAAGAUUUAUGUCGCCUUUUGCCAUUGUCAUUCGAGAAGGAAGUUACAGUCAAGAAUGGCGUCCAAGGGUAUCGGUUCACGCCCUCUCCGGACGUUUUUGCCUCCGUUGAAAACAACAAGGACAAUAUGUGCUAUUGCCCUGCCGGUCCACCUUGUGCUCCCCACGGCAUGUUCAAUGUCUCACUCUGUCAAUAUGACUCACCGGUGCUUCUAAGCUUCCCGCACUUCUACAUGGCAGAUCAAUCUCUGAGGACAGCAGUUGAAGGAAUAUCACCUCCGGAAAAAGACAAGCAUCAACUUUUCAUUGAUGUUCAACCGGAAAUGGGAACGGCGUUACGCGCUCGGGCUCGAAUUCAGAUCAACCUUGCCGUCAGCCAAGUGGUGGACAUAAAGCAGGUGGCAAACUUCCCCGACAUCGUGUUCCCCAUCCUGUGGUUUGAAGAAGGAAUCGACUCGCUGCCGGAUGACAUUCUCAAUCUUAUGAAGCUUGCCACGACGGUUCCGCCAAAGGCCAAAUAUAUACUCACGAUUGUGUUGUUUGCAUUCGGUGGUUUCAUGUUUGUGAUAGCAGUGUUUUGUCUAGUGCGCAAAUCACAUCGACAGAGCACGCUCCAUCUGGAAGGUUCCAACUAUCUAGCAACAGCAUCCGUUGACCAGGCGAAAAAGAAGGCAAAAAUGGAAAAUGGACAUCACCAACACUGAAUGAAUCGACGCAUGUGAAGGAAGGUUCACGGAAACAACUCGUAUUGAAAACUACCUGGGAAGGAUAUUUAUUUUUUAGAGCUAUGAGACGCGGUCAAAGGGAAUAUUUUACCUAAAAUAAGUUGCUCAAUCUUUAGACAAUGCAUGAACUCACCGAUAAAUGUGAAUUCCUUAAAUUUCAAGUUUCCGCCGGGGAGUACUUUUCAAACGGAACUAGGAAAAGGUGAAAAAUAAUUUGUCAUAAAAUUAAAUAGUCGCUAGAUAACGGCACUUAUCUUUCAAUAUUAUGUAUGUAUGUAUGUAUGUAUGUAUAUGUACAAAACUAGCUAUUUCUUUUAUAGUUUCUAAAUUUAUGCCAUACCUACAAGUGCGCGUUGCUGAUCAUAUUCUGAAAUGUAUGUAACUUGAAACAUAAUGUUAAUUAAGUUCUUUAUCUGAUAUACCUACUUCUUUUUUAUGUAGAAUUGUGAGGGAAAACAGGAGAUGAAUGUUUGAGGUGAAGGCACCAUUAAAAGUCAUAAGUUCCAGUUACCGUUUGUUGAUGGUUGCCCAUAUGGGAUUUUUCAUGGUUUCAAGGCAGUUUUUCUGCGUGAAUAUUUUUUAGAAGAAAAAUGAUUUGAUAUACUGCAAAAUUUACAAAUCGUUGAGAAAAUAUGCUAUAUGAAAUAAUUGUGCUUCUUGCUUGAUCAGUCAUUGAAGUUUUUUCAUGGUUUGGUUCCAUCGAAUGGAAAACUCAUUUGCUUGUUCGUCCCCGAUAAACAAACUUUAUAAAUUAGUUUCUUGUUUAAUGCAAUGUAAAGUAAAAAAGGCGGACCACGUUUCAUGGAUUUACACGGCUCUUUAAUCGCAUAACUGAAAUGAUCGUACAAACACUUCAACAAAAUGAGGGUUCGCAAACUGUCUAUUUCUGAAUUUAAUUCGUUACUAUUCGAUUAGCUAAAACCAAUACAAUCAUUAUCCAAAUAAAAAUGCAACAAGAAAAUGAAAAAUGAGACAGCAACAAGAGAAUGAAAAAGAAUUGGUGAAAAAAGCUUAGACUAUUUUUAUACAAGUUGUUCUGCUUAAAACAUAGAUUUGAUCUUAGGGGGCUCAAAAGAGAAACAAAGUGAACAAACAAUAAAUACAUUCCAGCACGAAUAAAUAUCAAUGAACAACUAGUAACUUUACGCAUGAAAUCAUUAAGUGAACUGUAAAACAUGAGUGGAAAAAUAUUGUUUUUGAAUUGGCAUAAGGUGAUUAUCGUUUCGAUUAUAAUUAUUCAAGCGUUCCCAGCUGCUGGAGAAAUAUGAGAUACUUUCUAAAUUCGUAAUUAUUUUAAACAUUUGAAUUCAUCGAGCCAUAUGGGUGGCUAUUUGAUCUUUAAUUAACACAAAUUUUGUAUUUUUAUUUCAAAUUUACUAAUCAACAUUGAAGAAAGAAGGAACAGGUUUUCUUUUCUAAACAUAGUAAUAAGUAAUCAAAAUUAUGCGACUAGGUAUGAUGUUUAGCAUUUUGAUGUGAAUUGAAAUUAUGAGAAAGUUUUGCAGAAUCUGUUGACUAUUUUGAUAUCACGCGUUACCUGAGCCGUGAAUUCCUGAAUCUCCAAUGUUAACAUUAAACCAUCAAGUGGAAUUGAACACUGUCUAUUGACAAAGUGCAGUAUCUGAGUUGAUUUAGCUUGAACUAAUUGUGCAGAAAGUAGCAUAAUUACAUGACGGUAAAUAUGCUAAUUAAUUGUUAAACUUAGGUACUUUUGGUAAAUAUUUGGUGGCCAAGGCUAGGGACAUUAAUAUCUCGACUGUCUGUAGAAUCUUAGUUUUGUUUUAUAUACAAACGAAUACAUCAAUUUUGUCUAUACGGUAUUACGGUAUCAACAUCAUCGGUAUGUGAAUAUAUAUUUAGCUGAGAAAUGAUUUUGAUAUGCCAUGUAAAAAUUGUAGGAGAAAGAUUGAUAUACUUUUUGUGAUAAA